CAAGCGCAGUUCUGGAAGCUCCUCUACGCCAUUUCCAGCGACACCAAGCAGGAAUACGAUGCCUCCCGUGAAUUACGCAGUGGCAAGCACGACAACGAGACGUUCACCCUCCUCUACCGCCUGGCAAACCACAUGGAGCAACCUUGGCGGUUCAAAGCCCGAGCCCGACUCCGACGAGUGCUUACAUUCCGCAACGCCACCGUGCCCAAGUACAACCUGCCGCUCAAGAUACCCUUCCUCGCCCACAACGACUUCAAGACCAACGCGCAGGAGUUUGUCACCAGGCUCAUCCGACAACAUCGGCACGUUCUCACCCCGCACCACCUCCCGACCAAAACCACACAGGAGAUGCCGCACCCCGCGCUCAACAAGGCCAGUCCAACCUCGGCGCAGCCUUCGCGAAUGUCGGUGCUUGCAACGCCUUCUUUCCAUCCAAAAGACGUUUACACGACCAAAUUCUCAACCAACUUCGCGGGUGGCUCAAGCACCAUUUUAUUUCCCAACGACGACCGCAUCAUGGAGAACUUCGAGUCAUUCUUCGAGGAGCAGCGGCAACGACAUGAAGAACAACAGCGAUACGAACCUCGACUCACACACCGACUUGUCAAGCACCGGGUAUCCGCACUGCCACACAAUUACAUUAUUCACAACGAGGACCACGCCAACGCCCACCUCAUGAUCUACUGCCCCAACGUCUACAAUCAGGCAGCGGUCAACACCUGGAUGGACAAGAAAACGUUCCUUCUGGACAAAAGCCCCGAGGACAUCAAGGCAGAUAUGGCAAGACAAACGCCAGCAACGGUUCGCAAGCACUACAAAAAGCUCCUCGACUACAACGAGCCUAUUCCGUAUGGCUACAUCAUGAUGAAGCGGAAAAAGCAGUGGAGCAACGGCCGCACGAUCAUCGCCUACUCCAACACAUGUGUUGGCCGACUUCUUCGCGUUGCGGCGUUGGCACUUCAGCAGAUGCUCAAAGCCACGUGGCCACACCACUUCGGGAACAUCGCAACACCUCAGCUGUGGCAGGAAGUCCACGAACUACUCCAGGCCAACGAAGAGCAGCCGGAGCGGGAACUUAUAUUCCUCAAUCACGACCUUGUUGGCUUUUUCAACAGCAUUCCUCAGGCUGACAUCAUACAAAGCGUGCGCUACCUCAUCGCAGAGUACGUCGACAACCGAGCGAUCAUCGUCGACAAGGAAGCACUUCACACCAACCCCUACAUCUGGCAGCUAGCGUCAGCUACAUUCUUCACUCCCAGCCGUGGCGAUACCGGCUACCGCAGUCAGCAGGCUCGCGCAAGCUUCGCCUCAGCAGCAGAGCCUUCACAGCCGCACGUGCCCGUCCCAAAUUUCAGCCUCAAGCUGGUAGAGGAAAUCGCGAUCUCCCUCGAGUACCCCAGCAUGGAUCUAUACAGAUGGAUGGAGCAAAGAGCCUCGGGCCGCGCUCCUCGUCGCCGACGACUCAACCCUCGUGAGGACCUCCCGGAACAUCUGCAACUGCAUCACUUACCCCUCAAGGAUGUUCUACAGAUGGAGCAACAGGUGCAUGUGUGGUCCUGUCGGACUCGGCGUCCGGACCAAUGUCAUCGUCAGAACACUACGAAUCAAGAAUACAAUCACGCCCUCAGAGUCAAGUCGACUCUACUUGCCGAUGCACACGGCCUGGCGUGCGACAUGGCCAUCCAGCACACCGAGAUCACCGCCUACGCCCUCUUGGAAGUGACGCACGACCUCCGCACGCUCAUGCACCUCGCGCAAGUCAACAAAGUCACGUGGAUCCACUGCAGCCAACUCCUCAAGUCGACACACACAGACUUCAAGACCCAGGCGAACGCCCCAUGGCACAAACGCGCAGGUCGUGCCAUAGAUGCAAACCAUGAGGAGACGCCGAUCGACAUCAAGACGUACCUGUUCAACAAGCGCAUACACACGUGGUACCAGUACCAUCAUGAGCUUUCAUAUCAACAAUACAUGGAUCUUCAAGUGCGUGAACUCCUGCGCCUACCACAGACGGCAUUCCUAAAGACCAUGGACGCCGUGGCACCUACAACUCCACCGUCAUCAUCCAGCUCGUAUGACUACUCCGACGAGGGCGACACCUACGCUGCACAGCAUGUGUUAACCAACGCAACACUGCUCACAACCAUUCUCAAAUUCCACACGGAGAUCCGAGUCAGGAUGGUGGCUGUGAGCGUGGAGGACACCCCCGCGGCCAGGCACGCCAAUCAAGCCAUGCAAGGAGCCAUGGACGCGAUCGUGCAACAGCAUCCUCAAGCCCAACACACGACGGUGAUCCGCGAUUAUCGCCCUCAGCACACUCUCAUCGAGAAGUUGGUAUCGCCAGACAUCGUCUACAGCCUGCUGCUCACGAACCUCCAGGCGCCUAAGACCGAGAUUAUCUAUGGAAAGCCCCUUCUGUCCUUUGCGGAAAUUCUAUCCCUGAGGGUCGGCGAAUACCAGUAA